AUGGAGGAGGGUGUGAAGCAGCGCGUGUGCGGGGACGAGGGCGGUGCGGCGCUCAACAAGGACAUCGUUGAGUUGAUAAUUGGCCACGUCGCGCGAGACGACCCCGAGACCGCGCUGUUGUCGUGCCCGGCCGUGUGCCGAGAGUGGCGCGAUGUGGUGAGCAGCAGCACGGAGCACAUCUGGAGGCACGCGUACGGCGCCAGGUACCACAAGGAGGCGAUGGUCGGCUGCUGCUCGCUCUACGGCGCCGCGCACCAGAGGCUCUUCAGCGCCUGCCCUUCGGUAGUGGCCAGGCAACGUGGUCUCGUGCCGUCCUCGAGCGUCCGGGACUGGAAGCGAGAAAUGGGCCUGCGGCGCGAGCUCGCGAAUCCACGGUGGAGCGACGAGCUGAGCGCGCGCAGGGUCGCGGUGCAGGGGGACUUCAUCCGCAACGUCUGGUCGCGGCCCGGCCUGGUCAUGACCACGUGCGGCAGCACGCAGCGCGUCGACAUCGCGCUGCGCGCCUUCGCACCGGACCCGGCGGGCAGCGGCGCUGCGUGGCGAGAGGUCGCUUGCAUGUCCGGGCACGAGGGGCCGAUGUGGAGCCUCGUGGCGUGCAGCGACGAGAACGACCUCGCCAGCGCGUUCCGGCGCCGCGACAGCCGCGCCGGCCCUGACGCCACGGGGUCGGACGGAGGUGACCAACAGCUGACUCAGCAAUUCGGUCCGCUGGGCCCGCCGCUGGCUCUCACGUGCUCUCAGGACGGCACCGCGCGCGCGACCUACAUGCGUCCGGGGGCGCCGAGCCUCGCGAUGCACACCACGCCGGUGGCGGAGAACGCGCCCCCCAGCAACGUCCACUUCAUCGCCCUAGACGAGCGCGCGGGCCCCGCGUGCGGCACCGGGCACGGCGUAGUCGUCACCGUGACGGACGACGGCGUCAUCGACGUCUGGGACGUCGGCGGCCUGUGCGCGGACAUCGAGGGCGGCGCGACGGCCGCGUCCCGGGCGUGCAAGAGGGCGUUCCGGCCGUGCCAGGCCAACUCGGCGGGCCGCGUACCUGACGCUUGGGACCCGCAGGCCAUCGCGUGCGAGGACGGGAUCCUCGCCGUCGCGAUGGACGUGGACCUCGACUACGACACCAUCGUCGGCCAGUCGGCCAGCCCGACCGUCGAGCCCUCCCUUAUCGCGCUGUACAACAUUAAAAACUUCGAGGACGCUGACGGGAUCCCGGAGCUGCACGGGCGCCUGAAACCGCGCCCGUUCGGGGCGCGCGAGUUCAACCUGAUGAUCGAGGAGGACGUGCUUCCGACGAACAGCAUCGAGAGCAUGACGCUCCGUCCGAGCUGGGGGCGGCUGUACGCCGGGACCUCGGUGUGGCAGCUGUGCGUGUGGGACAUCCAGAAGGGCGCGAGCGACACGUACGAGCUGCCGUCGGUGCGUAUGGCUCUUUCCGACCACGACGUCGUGACGCACCCUGGCCCCGCGAUCUCGUGCCACCAGGUGGCGAGCAGGGACGUGGUGUACUGUGCGGAUCUGAGCCGGCACGUGAUGAUGUGCGACACUCGCCAGCAGAGGAUGGAGGCCCUGUACACCUGCCCCCGGCUCCGACCCGUUUCGAGCCUUGCAUACGAGGAGUCCCGACAGGUGCUGGUUUGGGGGGACUGGUCGGGCGACGGCUACGUGUAUGACAUCCGGGCGGGGCGCGUGAUGUCGGCACGGGCAGCGCACAGAGAGCGCAUAUGGUCGGUGUCGGCCGACGCCGCACAGUGCGUGACGGGCGGCCUUGACGGCUGUGUUUGCGUCCUGGAGUGA